CUUUCUCUUGGGUGACUGCAAAUGCUACCUUCUGUUUUUGUAAUCAGCUCUCGACGCCACAGCAGCAAGACACCGUACGUGGACCACGACCUGUCCCUGGAGUCGCUCUAUUUUAUGGAUUCUCUACCAGCCGCACUGCGACCGGAAGGCGUCUUCGAUUGAACAAUCUCUCGUCACCAGAAUUCCGAUAUCCAUACAAUUCGCCGGCCUGCGAUCUUCUACUUAGCUUUCGAAGUCCGAGUAGCCGUCUAUGGCGCCUGCCCCUACAGAGUAGUUUCGCGACUGACCGCAUAGGUGGUCUUGAAGGUCUCCAGGUUCGCCUGCAACGAUGUCGCAAAACCAUCCGAGGCCUCUGGCGCCCGCGACACCGAUGUACCCCGCAAUGAUUUCCGACCUGAACAAGUUUCGAUUACCCACCAAACAGCGACGGAAUAUCACAACAGCAUGCACCGCUUGCCAAAAACAUCGUAUCAAGCUCAUGAAUGGCUGCAAAUAGUGUGAUGACGAUACCCCUUGUGCAGCCUGUUUGACGAGACAAACAGAUUGUAACCGCGAGACAGAAAAGGAUGGCCGCAGGAGGAUGGUGUGGAAGGAAAAGGUCGAAGAAUUGGAAUCGGAUCAAAAACUGCUUUCCCGUUUGAUGGAAGCGAUCCGAAAUGGUCACAAUGGUCAGGUGGAAAACCUUAUUGGUAUAAUCCGAACGAAUACAUCGAAAGAGCAAGUCUCCAGCUAUAUUGCCACGAAUUUCCCUCACGCAGCAGAGGAAGGGUCUCCCUACAAGGCAGCAACAUGGCAGCGGCCGCCACAGUCACCUGCAAGUCCUUUGUUCAGAGCCACAUUAGGAACCGCUAGGCCCUUGUUCAAGGUGCCAGCCAAACCUUGGACGACAGUCACAGAUGAUGACAGGCUCGUGUCGCAUCUCCUAUCACUAUGGUUUACAUGGCGCCAUUGGUGCUAUCCGUUUAUUGACCGCGAUUCCUUUGUCUCGGCCAUGCAAUCUGGACACGAGACUGAUGGAAUAUGCACGGCAGCUUUGGUGAAUAUGAUUCUGGCAGAUGCUUGCUUUGAUUAUGACAUUCUGGACGACGAUCAUGUCCGUCCGUCGGACGAGAAACCCCUACAAGAUCUCUUUUAUGAGGAAGCCAAGAGAUAUGCAGAGACAACGGCGCGGAAGAGGUCCUUACCGUCGAUACAAUUCAUGGCGGUCCAAUGGAUGUUUUUAGAGAACAGAGGCAUCGACAAACUCGCCUAUGCUAUUAUGCGAGAAAUGACCCACCAUCUGAAGCAAUUUCAAAAUCCUGGUCGGUCGCAAGAGGCCAGGACGCCACCUGGAAAAGAGCCAAUCUCUAGUCCUCAGCAACUUUUGGCAUACACUAGUUGGGCCGUGUUCGUCUCUACCACCGCUGCAACUUUUGCGGUUCGCAACCGGCCUGUGAUGGAACCUCCUAUCAACUGGCAGGCUCGUCUCUGCCAAGGGAAACCGGCCGACGUGUGGUCACCCUACCCCCGUGUUAGUCCUCUAGCAGUUACCCAUCCCAGCUGCUAUCUGCAUCACCUGAGCGGCUUGUACGAAAUCUGCUACCACAUCAGUCAGUGUGUUUUCGUCGACGACACUGCGAAGAUCAACCCCGUCGCGCGUGACAGUCUGGAAGAGCUUCAUCGUGACUUAACGACUUGGUAUAACAAUCUUUCAGACUGUGUCCAAGUUACGGGAGUCCAGACACCCCAUACUUUGAGCGUGCAUGCCCAGUAUCAUUGGGCUGUGUUAGUAUUAUCAGAACUGACAUUAACACUAGAGGCGGAGGAUGACGACGACGCAACUCUCGCUCUUCUCUUCCCUGUUAUACGAGCGCAAAACAUGGGCUCAGCCCUGGCCAUAGCCGACCUUGUCCACCUUCAGUCCGUGUACUGGGGCGUCGACCAUAUACCCAUCAGCUUUCUCCAACCAGUCAACGCGGCCUUGUCUGUCGUCAUCAACGAUCUCGACGGCGAUCGGUGCAAAUCGUCAUUUGUUAAACUGGCUGUAGCCUUGCACGGUUUGUCUCGCCGUUCGGUUUCCGCGGAGAGCAUGUUGCGUGUUUUACAUCUCAGACUACGUCAACUCCAUCUUAAGUCGUCGGACAAUUUUAAAAACAUGUUCAAAGACGCCGAUAUCCAGUUUGAAGGCAGUGUUUCUUCACCUGCUAUUGGAGUGAAGCCCGCAGGUAAAGCUGCGACAGCAUUUGGUGCCGGCCCGAUGGCGGAAUCUUAUGAGGCAUUGGUGGAAAAAUGGAGCCAAUUUCAUACUAGAGCUCCAUCUUCUUCAGGUUCAUCGUCCAGCUGGCAGAACGACUAACGAUUUAUCGACGUACAAGCGCUACACGGUGGCUCUAACGACUGGCUGCAUCGUACGAUAGAGAUACCGGAAGUUUCAAAGCGACUGCUCCCUAAACCAGAGACACUCUUAAGGAAUAUGGAUUAAUUCCUUCAAAUAUGAAAUGGCAGGAAUCGCAGUGGUGGAGUGAUCCAGGUUUGUCUGUAGAGCCUGCGAAGUAUAAGCCUAAAAGGUGGAUUGCCAUCAGUGGCUAGUUAACAGACAGUGAGCUCUUGGCGCAUGCUCAGUCCAUCUAUAUGAUGAUAGUAAUCUUCGCCAUUGGAAAUUCCUACGUAUGUCAC